AUGCGACUAAGAUGCUUUCGAGCCAUUCUGAUUGGAUGUCUACUAUUGCUGCUUUUCGCUUCCAAUGAUGCGGUGCUGGGAGUUCGUGAGCCAAAAGCUGCACCACCUGGCACUUCAUCGCUGACAUUUGUAUUUGAUACAACCGGAUCGAUGAACGAUGACCUCAUACAAGUGCAGGAUGGUGCCCGAAAAAUUCUGGAUACCGUAUUAACUCAACGUGAAAAACUCAUCUACAAUUAUAUCUAUGUACCAUUUCAUGAUCCAAGAGUUGGGCCCGUAUUUACGACAACCGAUUCAAGUGCAUUCCAAAGGCAUCUAAGCUCAGUACAUGUGGUUGGCGGCGGCGAUUGCCCCGAAAUGACGCUUAGCGGUUAG